GACAGCUCCCCGCGCCGCCCCUCCUGUCCAAUCUGGGGAGGAAUGGGUUAUUGCUGAGCCUGGCGAUGGGAGAGGCUUUUGACUUUCCACCUAGGUCUCUUUCUUUCUCUACACUGCACCCGACCCCCGCCCCAGACCGCUCCGUUUUUGGGAGCUUCAAAAAGUGACGAACUUCACUGGGGCCAACCUCCAGCCUGAGCAUUGAGAAAGCUGAGGUAGAUCCGCAGUGCCUGCUCUAGCAGUCAGACUGAGCUCUCACAAACUGGGCUGCAUCUUCGCCCAGCACCGGGCAAAGGUUUUGGAUCAGACAAGGACCCACAGCGGAGGGGGAGUGCUGAGAAAGUGAAGACAAAGUCAACUUUCACUGCUAGCCCAGCUCUUUGACACAGCCAGGGUCCUGCUGCAUUAUUGAGAUAAAUUGAAAUUACAGAAUUAGGUUGAAUCUGAUUUCAACGCGUAAAAUCGGGAUGAUUGGUGAAGUUUAGCCGCCUCUGCUGUGAGCCUAUCUUGUGUGUGUUUCCUUGGACUUGCUGAGAAUGGAGCUGGUGCAUGUUUGCAUGACUCUAUGUUGGAUCUCUUUAUUUGUUGGCUUUGGGAUAUCACAGGUGACUACCGAAGAAUAUCUGGUACCUGGAAAUGAGACUGGGGUGAAGGUUCAUUCACCUUCAUAUCACCUGGAUUUAUUUCACUCGACCACAGUCUGGCCCCAGCAGGAUGGAUUAUCUCAAGGGGGCACCGGCCGUCCCAAUGUAAUGGAGGAGCUGGAUGACUUUAACACAACCACUGGCAAUGUUAACACAUCCACUGGCAAUGUUAACGCAACCAGUGGCAAUGUUAGCGACUCUCCCACCUGCUCCUAUCCGACCGGCAACAGUCGCACCUUCAAAUACAUUACUGCCGUGUUCUCUUGUGCCAUUUUCGCAGUCGGGGUGAUUGGCAACGCUACUUUGCUGAGGAUUAUCUAUAAGAACAAGUGCAUGAGGAAUGGUCCCAAUUUGUUAAUCGGGAGCCUGGCCCUAGGAGACUUGCUCUACAUUACGAUUGACAUCCCUAUCCAUGUCUAUAAGCUUCUGGCUCCCGAGUGGCCUUUUGGAAUUGUUGUUUGCAAGCUGGUACCUUUCUUACAGAAAACUUCGGUGGGCAUCACGGUUCUGAAUCUGUGUGCACUGAGUGUGGACAGGUAUCGGGCUGUUGUCUCCUGGAACCGGGUUCAGGGGAUUGGGGUCCCUCUAUUGACAGCCUUAGAAAUCAUCAGUAUCUGGAUUCUCUCUAUCAUCUUGGCUAUUCCUGAGGCUGUCGCCUUUGAUAUACAUAAGAUGAAAUAUGGUGAACAGAAUUACAAUGUGUGUCUCCUUCUUCCUAGAACAAAAUUUAAUGAGUUCUACAUCAGCGUGAAGGAUUGGUGGUUGUUUGGGUUUUAUUUCUGCAUGCCCCUGGUCUGCACUGCUUUCUUCUAUACUCGAAUGACCUGCGAGAUGUUAAACAAGAGGAAUAAGAGUUUGAGGAUUGCCUUGAGCGAGCACUUGAAACGGCGCCGAGAGGUGGCCAAAACCGUUUUGUUUUUAGUUGUGAUUUUUGCUCUGUGUUGGUUCCCUCUCCAUCUUGGCAGGAUUCUAAAGAAAACCAAGUACAGAGAAAACGACAGCAACACAUGUGAAUUCUUCAACUUUGUGCUAGUGCUGGAUUUUAUUGGCCUCAAUCUAGCAAUUCUGAACUCCUGUAUAAAUCCCAUCGCUCUGUACUUCGUGAGCAAGAAAUUUAAAAACUGCUUCCAGUCCUGUUUGUGCUGCUGUUGCCAGAGCCAGGCUCUCAUGAACGUGAUGCCCAUGAAUGAUACCUCCAAACAUGUAAGCUUACAUUGGAAAAACCAUGAAGCCAAUAAUCCUGGUGAUCGUAGCAGCCGGAAGGAUAGUAUGAACUGAAAGGAGAUAGUUUCAUUCGGCAUUGGGAAAUGCAGCAUGAGUCGAGCUCACACGCUCUUCCACGUCUUAAACUGUAUCUCUGACUCUGCGUUGAAACUGAAGACAGGAUGGAUUGUGACUUGAACUCAUCAUUUUUGACUCAUUUUGGGCUCCCAAAGAACCUUGAUUAUGUGUUCCAAAGAGUUGGUCAUCUAUAAGGGUUAAUUUUUUUUUGUUGUAAAUAUCAACAGGCAAUAUUUGAAAAUAGGCAUCAUCUACCAGGCUGAACAUCCAUAUGGAUUAUCUUCUUGAAAGAUCUUUAGGGCCCACUAUAGAUUUUAUUCACCUUUGGCAUGCUGUUUAAAUUGAAACCACUGGAUAAGUCUUGUGAUAUUUCACUGUAUAUGUCACUAAGCUAUUAGAUGCUAGAAUCCAGGAAGAAAAAAUUGUUUCACAUAUCUCUUCAGCAUAUAAACCCAAGUUUUUUAUUAUCGGGGCUAUAAUGAUAGUUUCACAUGAGCGUAUCAAGUAUUGGAGCGGGACAGAUUCAGCAAUUCAAUUCAAUUCAACUCAAUUCAAAUCAAUUAAAUUGUUGACUGACAAAAGGUAAUGCAAAUCAACACUGCGAUAAGAUUUGUUUAAAUAUUGUAGUCUAUUUAAAAGGAAAUAAAUAUCCAUCCUCACCACCACUACAAAACUAUAGUUGACUUUAAGUGAUUAGUUUUAAGGGAUAUAUAUCCUUUCUCUUUUUAUGUAUAACCAAUUGUGAUUAUUCUAUGAUAAAAGCAAAAUACUGCGGAUGCUGGAAAUCUGAAACUAAAACAGAAAAUGCUGGAAAAACUGAGCAGGUCAAACAGCAUCUGUGGAGAGAAAGAACUCUGAAGAAGAGUCAUCCGGACACAAAAUCUUAACUCUGUCUUUCUCUCCACAGAUGCUGUUACACCUGCUGAGUUUUUCCAGCAUUUUCUGUUUUUGUUUGUGAUUAUUCUAUAUUGUUUAAAUGGGCAUAAUUAUUGUCAGUUUCUGGAAAUGUCCCAUAGAUGUACAUAACAAUAUAAAGGCCGUCAAAAGAACAAAAA